AUGCAGGUCAUUCACUUCCUAAACAUUGAAAAGGACGUACGUGAAUACUCUUUAAACAAUAUUAUUUCAAAAAAUAACGUAUUAAAUGGAUACAACUGCUAACGAAGCCGCUCAAGUGGUAGCAUNGGCAUGGAUCAGGCCGACAACGCUGCACAACGGACAGAGAUGAUCGUUUUAUUGUCUCGACGUCUUUGCGCAAUCGAUUUUCCAAUGCUGUAGAGCUUCAACAGCAACUCCGCGCAGCUCGCAGUACAACAGUAAGCACCUCUACGGUUAGGAGAAGGUUAGGAGAACAAAAAAUUGUGGCCCGCAGACCUGCUACCGGUCCGAAACUGACUGCACAGCACCGCAAAGAACGGUUACAUUUUGCCCGUGAACAUUUUAAUUGGACGCUUGACCAAUGGAAGACUGUGCUCUUUUCUGAUGAAACAAGGGUGUGUCUAUACAGCAAUGACAAACGAAGGAAAGUGUACCGAAGGCAGGGCGAACGGUUUGCACAAGCCUGUACCGAGGAGACAGUGGAGUAUGGAGGUGGAUCAUGCAUGUUCUGGGGCGGCAUUUCCAUCGAUAGCAAGACCGAGCUUGUGUGCGUUUCCCGAACUGGUGGCGCUCGAGGACAAGGAUCGCUAACUUCUGAUCGAUACAUUACAGAGAUCUUAGAAGAGCAUGUGGUACCAUAUGCGGGUUUUGUUGGAGAUGGGUUUAUACUAAUGCACGACAAUGCUCGUUCCCACACCGCAUUAAUUGUAAAAAAUUAUACGGAAGAGGUUGGGAUCCCUGUUAUGAACUGGCCAGCGAGAAGUCCAGACCUAAACCCAAUUGAGCACCUCUGGGACGAAUUAAAACGAAGAGUGCGGUCACAUGAUCCUGCCCCAACAACCCUCCAAGAUCUUCAAUAUGCUGUUGUUGCGGAAUGGGUGAACAUUCCUCAAGAACGCAUCGUACGACUCAUAACUUCUAUGAAAGAUCGUAUGGAAGCAGUAAUUAAGGCAAGAGGAAGUAGCACUAGAUUUUAA